UUUACGUUUCUUUACAGUAACGUCUCCAUCCUUACAAAAAAGUAUCAGUGGCUGGAAUGCCCUAAAUGAUGGCUGCCUGGAUUGGAUUGUUCUCCCCCAGUCAUCCCUAUAAGGCUGUAGUGAAGUGAUCCUGAUGGGCUGCGUGCAGGCCCAACUCCAUGUUUGGCAGGUGGGAGGGAGCAGAGAAACAUGGACUGGAGCUACAUAAGAACUCCACACACUGGUGAGGGUCACACCAUCACCAAGUGGCUAACCCCCGGCCCAGCACUGUCAGGUAACUGUCUCCAUUAGGAAGGAAAUACAAGCUGAACCAUGUGCGACGACGAAGAAAGCACCGCCCUAGUGUGUGAUAAUGGCUCAGGACUAUGUAAGGCAGGCUUUGCCGGGGAUGAUGCCCCCCGAGCCGUCUUUCCCUCCAUAGUGGGUCGCCCCAGACACCAGGGUGUGAUGGUAGGAAUGGGCCAGAAAGACAGUUAUGUUGGUGAUGAAGCACAGAGCAAAAGAGGUAUUCUGACCCUCAAAUAUCCGAUUGAGCACGGCAUCAUAACAAACUGGGACGACAUGGAAAAAAUCUGGCAUCACUCUUUCUACAAUGAACUUCGUGUUGCUCCUGAGGAGCACCCGACCCUGCUGACAGAAGCCCCACUCAAUCCAAAGGCCAACAGGGAAAAAAUGACCCAGAUCAUGUUUGAGACCUUUAAUGUUCCAGCCAUGUACGUAGCUAUCCAAGCGGUGCUAUCCCUCUAUGCCUCUGGACGCACAACAGGUAUUGUGCUUGAUUCUGGUGAUGGUGUCACCCACAAUGUGCCAAUUUAUGAGGGCUAUGCUCUUCCUCAUGCCAUCAUGCGUUUGGACCUGGCCGGCCGUGAUCUUACUGACUACCUCAUGAAGAUCCUGACUGAACGUGGCUACUCCUUUGUGACCACUGCUGAGAGAGAAAUUGUCCGUGAUAUCAAGGAGAAGUUGUGUUAUGUCGCACUGGACUUUGAGAAUGAGAUGGCCACUGCUGCCUCUUCUUCAUCUCUGGAAAAGAGCUAUGAGCUUCCUGAUGGGCAGGUAAUCACCAUUGGCAAUGAAAGGUUCCGUUGCCCUGAGACGCUCUUCCAGCCAUCCUUCAUUGGUAUGGAAUCUGCUGGUAUCCAUGAAACAACCUACAACAGCAUUAUGAAGUGUGACAUUGACAUUCGUAAGGACCUCUAUGCCAACAAUGUUCUGUCUGGUGGUACGACCAUGUACCCUGGUAUUGCUGACAGAAUGCAGAAAGAGAUUACUGCCUUGGCACCAAGCACCAUGAAAAUCAAGAUCAUCGCCCCACCAGAGAGGAAGUACUCAGUGUGGAUCGGUGGCUCCAUUCUGGCCUCUCUUUCCACCUUCCAGCAGAUGUGGAUCAGCAAGCAAGAGUACGAUGAAGCCGGUCCAUCCAUUGUGCACCGCAAGUGCUUCUAAAAGAGCAAACUUCACACCCACAGCCCCUCCAAUGUCUUCAAAAGUUCUUGCUUCCUAGCCUGUAAACUGUGAAUGUAUCUUUAGGUUUCCCUCCUGUUUUGUCUUUGCACUACCCACACCCGCGAGAAUGCUCAGGCUUUUUCUAGUCAUCGAUUGUUUUUGUUACAUUGGAUGCAUAAAGGUGCCAAAAUGAACCGUGUGGGAAAAUUCCUGGGGUUUGCUGAGGCGCCAGAUAGAGGGAGAAAUUAAAAACACUAAAUAUUCUGUAAAGAUAUAGAAAAGAACAGAGCUCACAUUGUCCCUCUGUGUUUCCAUACCAUAAAAUAUCCCUUGCAUGCGUUUUCUCACUGCUGUGGGUUUGUAUGGAUGCUCUGUAUGACAACCCCAGGAAUGAAUAAAGCCCUGCAUACAGAAA